GGGUUUCAGCGCUCUCCACUUUGGGGUUAUUGUGGCGGGGGGGUAUUGGGUACCUGUACCAUAUUUCUAUCCUCAAAGCUCCCCCAUCCGCGCGCUUACUUUUUCCUUUUCUUUUUCUUCUCCAUUCCCUCAAUUCCUCUCCUCUCCUCUCCUCUCCCCUUCUUCACCAUUUCUUUCCCUUUUGUUGAUUUUCUCUUCCUCCCACAAUGUCUGUUUCUGCGCUUCUAAGAAGCCGUGUCAGGCGGCCUUCCUACCUCAAAAAGCUCGCUAAGGCAGAAGACCUCGUUGAAUUUUUCCCCCAUGGCUCCUACAUCGGCUGGUCCGGAUUCACGGGUGUUGGAUACCCCAAGAAAGUUCCAACGGCGCUGGCCGACCAUGUGGAGAAGAACAAGCUCGAAGGAAAAUUGCAAUACACUUUGUUUGUCGGUGCUUCAUCUGGUGCGGAAACAGAGAACCGCUGGGCGAGACUGAACAUGAUCGAGCGUCGGAGCCCUCACCAGGUUGGCAAGGAGAUUGCCAAGGGUAUCAACUCGGGACAGAUCAAGUUCUUCGACAAGCAUCUGAGCAUGUUCCCUUCGGAUCUUGUCUACGGCUGGUACACGCUGAACAAACCCAAGAACAGGCUGGAUGUCGCUGUUAUUGAGGCAUCUGCUAUCACCGAGGAUGGCGGUAUUAUUCCUGGUGCUUCCGUCGGCGCAUCGCCGGAAUUGGUCCAGAUGGCCGAUAAAGUUAUCAUUGAAGUGAACACCGCCAGCCCUUCAUUCGAGGGUCUCCAUGAUAUCACCAUGUCUGACCUCCCUCCCAAUCGCAAGCCUUAUCUCAUCAUGCAGCCCGAGGACCGGAUCGGAACUCCUCACAUCCCCGUUGACCCCGAGAAGGUUGUCGCCAUCGUGGAGUCAGAUUACCCGGAUCAGACCCAGCCCAACGCCCCAGAGGACGCAACCUCGCAGGCCAUUGCGACCAACCUGAUUGAGUUCCUGAAGCACGAGGUCAACCACGGCCGCCUGCCCCAGAACUUGUUGCCGAUCCAGUCCGGCAUUGGAAACAUUGCCAACGCUGUCAUCGGUGGAUUGAGCAAGGGUGGCGCUGAUUUCACCAACCUGAAGGUGUGGACUGAAGUGCUUCAGGACUCGUUCUUGGACCUGUUCGACAGCGGCAACCUGGAUUUCGCCACUGCGACAUCGAUCCGUUUCUCCCCAGACGGAUUCAAGCGUUUCUACGACAACUGGGAGCGCUACGCCGGCAAGCUCCUCCUCCGGUCUCAGCAGGUGUCUAACUCCCCCGAGAUUAUCCGUCGGUUGGGCUGCAUCGGCAUGAACACCCCCGUUGAGGUGGAUAUCUACGCUCACGCCAACAGCACCUGUGUCAUGGGUUCCCGCAUGCUGAACGGCCUCGGUGGUUCCGCCGAUUUCCUCCGUAGCUCGAAGUACAGCAUCAUGCACACUCCCAGCACCCGGCCCAGCAAGGUUGAUCCUACCGGUGUCAGCUGCAUUGUGCCCUUCUGCACACACAUUGACCAGACUGAGCACGACCUUGACGUCGUUGUCACCGAACAGGGACUUGCCGAUGUCCGUGGUCUGUCUCCUCGUGAGCGUGCUCGUGUCAUCAUCGACAAGUGCUCUCACCCCGACUACAAGCCCAUCCUGACUGACUACCUCGACCGGGCCGAGUUCGAGUGUCUGAAGAAGGGUAUGGGCCACGAGCCUCACUUGCUCUUCCAGGCCUUCAAGAUGCACCAGAACCUGGCUGAGAAGGGAACCAUGAAGAUCAACGGCUGGGAUUAAACUGUUUACAU